AGGCGCUCAAGCGUGUGUUUAUAGAAGCUCAGAGCGCUCAAGAGCGGCUUGUCAGAUUGAGAGACGGUGUGCGUGACGUGUCGCGGAGCACAUUCAACCUGCUACUGACUGACAUCACAGAGAUAGAGACUGGGUUUUUCACCAGACUGACACUAUUUGAGGAUCUCGAUUAUUGGAUUUGAGUGGCGCAAACAGACCGGAGGCUGCUGGAGCUUCUCAACAAACUAUUGGGGAUGAAUCGCUGUACGGCCGCUUUACUUUUGCUGGUUAUCGCCGUUUAUUCACUCAACACAGAGGCUUAUAAGUGCAGAUGCACGAGAAAAGGCCCGAAGAUCCGGUACAAAGAUGUACAAAAGCUGGAGAUCAAGCCUAAACAUCCGUACUGCCAAGAAAAGAUGAUAUUUGUCACUAUGGAGAAUGUGUCCCGUUUCAAAGGUCAGGAGUAUUGCCUGCAUCCCAGACUCCAGAGCACUAAGAACCUUGUCAAGUGGUUCAAAAUCUGGAAGGACAAACACAGGGUGUAUGAGGCCUAAACGUUCUCCAUUAAGCACAAGGCUGAAAACAUUGCGGGAUGCACAGCACCACCAGUGAACUGUGGAUGACCAGAGGACCAAUUUUCUAAAGCAUGACAAAGCAUAUACCCAGACAAGCGUAUAAAGCACACCAGACAUUUUAUUAAGUUAUAUAAAUGUGGGAUAAUUUAUAGUCAUACAAAAAUGUUUCCUACGAGCCAAAUGUGCAGUUACGGCAGAGAAAAGUCUCUGUGAAUCAGUACCAUCUGUAAGAAGUGAUCAUUACAUUUCUGCAACGUGUAAUGUUUCUGAAGCGUCAGUUCUCGGUCUGAUUCAUUGUGUCGUGGCAUAUUGGGGUCCUGACACUUAUAUUUGGAUACUGUCUGGUUUGAAUCGACUGUGAUAUACCAUCCACAAGUGUCAAAGUAGAUCUUAGAGUUCUCACAGUACAAAAGAACAGAAAUAUCGAGGAUGUGUAAAUAAUAUCUUCAAAAACUUUACUGUGUUCUAUGCCAACAUUCAGUCAGUAAAAGGAGGCAGUGUGUUUUUAGUCACAAUCAUUUUCCAAAAAUUGUUUCUCAAUGAUCUGCCCAAAAGUGCCGGAGGAACUUUUUUUUUUUUUAACUUAUUCGCUUUGGAAUUUGGUACUUCAUGGUGAAGUGAAAGAGACGAAGCUGCAUUAAACAAUAUCAAGCAUUUAAAUCAUAUCAUGCUUUCUAUUUACACAUAUACUUUGGUGGAAAUGUACUGCCACACGACGAGCACAUGAACUGCGGGGCCUGCAAUGGGUCAUGUGUUUAAAAUGAAGCUUUUUAUUUAAUGUCGGCCCUCCUAUCAGCACAUUAUGAACUACAUGUGCCUCCUCUUUGAGGUGUGCAGGUUUUGUAAGCUAUUGUUUUGAGUUGUUUGGUAUGAGUGUGUUUUUCUUUUUGGUAAAUGGAAUGUUUCUUGUCUCUUCUUGUACAUCAGAUUGUCUGUAUAAGCACACAGUGUAUAGACCACCUCGCCUAGUCUAGCUUGUUCAGAAUUUAUUAGUGAAGCCUAUGUAUUGUAUCACAGAAUUGUUGUUUUACUAUUUAAAUAAUAAAUAAUAGAAAUAUUUGUGUGUUUGGACCGACCCACCAAACACAACUUAAGUCCAAGGAGUGUAAUCUUCAAAGCACAGCAAUAAACAUUUAAAUAAA